GGAGGUGUGUGUUCUGUCGUGAGAUAGGCACGAACUGGACAUUGAUCGCUUUUACCGUGUUAGUAAAUUCAAGCAGAUCUGCUCAGUGCAGUGGCUUAUCACACUCUUGUAGGUAGAUUUUCCAGUCAUUGCUUGUAUGUUCCCGUUUGCACAGCAAUGCUCAGUCGUUGCUGACGCACGGUUGAGCAUAUGAGCGUUGACAGGUCUACCAAACUCCAAAUUGUUGUUGGUUAAGUAAAUUCUUAGCUUCGUUCAUUAAGUUAACUUGUUCAGAACACUUCCAUGCAUGGGUAUUGCCGAGCAAUUUGCCCAUUUUUUGCAUCAUUUUCGGCGCAAUUUUUUCGAUAAUUUUUUUUUCUUCGUAAUUUUAUUCGUUUUUCUGUGCUUUAUCGGAAUUAUUUGAUUUUUUUGCAAAAAUGUAUUUGCAAUUAUUUUUAAUCUGCGUUUGAAGGGAAACAAAUAGACUGAACAGGGUAAAGGUUAAACGAAACGAAAUCAAAUUAAAUUUGUCUGUCUGAAUUCAAUUAAAUUCGGUGCGAUGAGCUUCUUUCGUAAUUAUGAAGAUGUUGAGAUAAUACGAAAAAAAGGUUAAGUAAAUUUAAAAAAAAUAAUUUUUGUUCUCGCGAAUAGUGUUUGCUAUUGCCUCGACACGUAAUGUUCGUGUUUCAGUUUGCUCACAACAGUAAUGAAUCAGGGAAAUUGUUGUUCCAUUGAGCACGGCAUGUACACUUUUUAUUGUUAUGUUUUUUUUUCGCAAUCGUUGUGGCUUUAUUGUUCGAAGCGCGAUGACUCUGUAUUUCAGCGAAAUUUGUUUAUUCAAACCGAAAUGUGCUAACAUGAGUGACUAACGCUUGGCAAGUGUUGUCACUUGCUAAUUGACUCAGAAUCAAUAGGAGACAAAAACAUCGGAAAAAGCUGUUGUGACAACUGAUUUUUUUUCUACGUUUCAUUCCGAAUUGCGCUACAAUUCAAAGGCUCAACACAAAACACCCGUUUUUUUCUCUCUUUCGAUAAAGAGCUUUCCGAAUAGAUUCUGAUCGGUUGAGUUGCGCCAUUUAGACAGAACCAGUUCAAAUUAGUCGUCAACUGGUGUAUUUGGUGAUGAUUCAAAUAGAACUCUAGCACAUCGUGCUGAUAAUUAUGAGCAAUUGAAAGUGAGUGUCAACGAGAGAAUGUUUUUUUUUUGUGUUCAUUCUAGUGCAGCUAUAGUUGCUUUGAUUCGAUACCCGCAUAUACAUGAAUAUCCCUCCCUCUCUUUGCCAAAAACAUAACAACGGCUGACCAAUUGGAAUACUGCCUCAUUAUUUGCAGUUUUCUCUUUGUGCGCGCUCACACUUGAUGCUCUCGCUGUCUCAGUCGAUUGCGAUGUCAAUCGCAGUGUUAAUCUUAUCGUCUAAGCAGCAAGAUUAAAAUGCGUUGUCGCAUUUACAUUCAAGUGUUUAUUAAUAUUUUUGAUUUAAUCAGACUAUUUUGACCCAUAAGUGUCAAUAAAUCAAAUCGUUUUUUUUUUUGAAUAAAUCUCGCAUAUAAUUGAGUUAAACGACUCAUUUUUCAUUCUCUCGCUUGACGUGCUUGAUUUUGUGUGUUUAUUUUUUCUCUUUGAUUUUUCUAUUUUUAUUGUGGUCAAAUAAAUGCGUGUCAGUUUUUAUAUGCCACAAAAUCUAUCUGAAAAAAUUGAGUACUCGAGAGUGAGCAUCAUCGGGGCAAUCGUGUAUAAUCAAGUGUACGAAAACGUGAAAAAUGAUAACGAUGACAUGAAUUUAUAAAUAAGCGGUCCAAUUGAAAAUAGUAUCAUAACAAGUAGGAUCACACAGUGUGAUUGCAGUGCUCAAUAUUUACGAAACGAGUACAAAUUUUCAAUAUCAUCAAUUGAUUUUAAGUGCAAAUAAAAGUGCAAGUUUACGGAUUGAAUUGAAGAAAACCAGUGCUGGAGACGAUGACUAUGUUGUACGAUACAGUGGUUGUGCUGCUUGGCUGUUGCGGUUGCAUUGCCUAUGGACAAUUUGCCAUCGAAAAGCCGUUCAAAUUGAGUUUGACGAUAAGCGCAAAGCUGAGCGCAAUCGAGGUGUCUUGGUACAAUUUACGAACACCAACUAAUGGAUACAUUAUUUUAACGGAUGAAGAGCCACAAGCCCCGUAUCGAAAGCAACGGCCAACGGAUAUUGAGCAACAGCCACAUGAAAUUUACACAAAUGAGGACAAUUCAACGCACAAAUACUAUGCUGACAAUGACAAUGACGAUAUUAGAUGGACGUAUGGUCGGGCCAAUAAACCAGCAGUUUAUGUUAUCAAACCAGACGAGGCAAGCGGAUGGAUUACAACGAAUAUUAUAUUUGACAAUAAGCAUUUGGAACGGUUGAGAGCAAGCACCAGAUGCUAUGGCUAUUGGGCAACAUAUGUGGAUAACUCGUCGAAUCCAGUGAUUACCACAUGUAUUCGAACGUACGCCACCUGGAUGAACGACCAUAUGGAUCUUAUUAAACGAUUCAAAUUUCGCGAUCUUUUCAUUCUUGGAUCACACGACUCGGGCUCAUAUCGAGCCAAUUUCAAUUCGAGCCGAAACGAAACGCUUGUUACCAAAUAUGCGCUAACGCAAAGUGAUGAUAUCACAAGCCAAUUGAUGCACGGAAUUCGAUACUUGGACAUACGAGUGGGCUAUUACCGGGCUACUGAACCACAAUUUUGGGUGAAUCACGGGAUUUCCCGGCAACAGCCACUCAUUAAGGUUUUGCGGCUAGUACGUGACUUUGUGUUGGAAACCAACGAAAUCGUUAUAUUCGAUGUACAAGAGUUCCCUGUCGGUUUCGGCAAAUCAAUGGAUGUUCAUCGCAAAUUGGUGAGAUAUAUUCAAAAUGAAUUGAGCGAAUUGCUGGUCGACCCAUCAUCCGGUUGGGAAGUGAAACUGGAACAGAUUUGGCAACAUCGACGCAAUAUCAUUUUAGCGUAUGAUCACAUUGAAAUCGUCAAUGAAUUCCCAUCGUUAGUGUUUCAAUCGGUGCAACAGCGUUGGGGAAAUUGCCAAAAUCUACCGGAUUUGAAGCGAUUUUUAUCACCAUCGGGUCAUUCAUUUACUUUAUUCUCCAGCCGUCCGUUUGCUGACAUGGCAGAAUUGACACCCACCACAUGGGAUGUGCUCACAGAUAAAUGGGGUGGUCUACGAAAGGUAGCCGAUCAAUCGAAUCGCCACAUUUCCAAAUGGUAUGCCGACGAAUGGUUUAUGUCGGCAAAUAUAGUUGCAGUCGAUUUUUAUCGCGGCACAAACUUAAUGGAAACUGCCAUUUACUCGAAUUUGAAAAAAGAUCUACUUCGACGAAUGAAAAAAUAGUCAAUCGUUUGUGUUAUUUAUUGUACGUAUUUUCAUUGAUUCAUUUUAGAUUUUAAUACAUUUGAAUGUAAGAGUAAAGUUAAAUAAAGACAUUUGAAUGGA